GAUCCCUCGAUCCUGCAUGGAACACGUUUGAAGGCCGAUGCAAACAAACUCUCCGAUCUGCUGGGCGUUCAGAUCUGACACACUAGCCACUGCCAUGGAAGGAAAUGUUGCAGGAUCUUGUCUUUGCAAAGGAGUCCAGUAUUAUGUUCCCAACAAGCCUUUGCAGUGGUUUCGGUGCCAUUGCUCUAUGUGCAGGAAGGCCAUUGGUUCAGAACACUGCACUUUCAUUGCUGUGAACGAUACAAACCUCGAGUUCAAAAGCAAGAAAAGCCUCAAGGAAUUCCAGAGCUCAGAGCAUGUAGUGAGGUCUUUCUGCAGUACUUGUGGAUGUUCAAUCAGUAUGAAGUAUGACAGUGAAGUAGAUUUGAUUUGGUUUAAUGCUGCAACUUUAGAUGUAGAGCUUCCAGUAGUUGACCCUCACCAAGUUUACCUCAAGGAUCAAGUCCCUUACCUGGACAUCAUGUCUAAGGCACCAAGUGCUAUUGAUCAGUCAAUGUCCGCAGACAAAGAUUUGUAACUAACCAUUUCUUGCAGACAUAUUACUAUUUUAUUGUAUGACUUCAUUUAAAAUGUAUUCUUAUGUUAUCCUUUUCUCCUGUAUACUUCAGGUACUCAGCAUAUAUGCUUGAGUAUAAUCUACUUAAAUCAUUAAAUUGUUCUAACUUGUUUUUCCUUGUCUACAAAUAUAAUGUGCCAAUUUGUAAUUGAUAUCUUUGAAUAAAGGGAUAAUAAAUACAAUAAACAAGA